UGAUGAAGGUUGAUAAUGAUACUUUAUAUGUUCCCAUAAAAUGUGAAAUGAGAUAUUUCUCCCCAUUAGAACAAUUAAUCUGUAUGAAUAAUCGUACAAUUCAUGCAUAUGAUGAUAAAGCACUUUGGAGUAAUUUAUAUGGCACAUCAGCAGGCUAUGGUGGUGAAUGGUGUGGUGCCUUAUCACAUGAAGAAUUACCUGUGUGUGAUUGUAAAGUUCCACCAUUUACACUUUUACCAAGAUUACCCUUUGCACAUCUUAAAUCUAUAGAAUAUUUUCAACCAAUAAGAAUAAUACAAAAUCAGGAAUAG